AUGGAAUCAAUUGAAAAAACAUUUUUUUCUGAACCAACUUUUUAUCAUGACACAGUUACAUCGGCAUUGCCAUAUGUUAACAAUGUACCACAUUUAGGAAAUAUUAUUGGAUGUGUUCUUAGUGCUGAUGUUUUUGUAAGAUUUUGUAAUAUUACAGGAAUAAAUUGUCUUUAUAUAUCUGGAACAGAUGAAUAUGGAACUGCUACAGAAGUGAAAGCUUUACAAGAAAAAAUGUCUCCUAGUGAAAUUUGUUCCAAAUAUCAUGAAAUUCAUAAGAAAAUAUAUGAUUGGUUUAAUAUAAAAUUUGAUGCUUUCGGAAGAACAUCUACUGAAGCACAAACAGAAAUUACACAAGAUGUAUUUAAUAAAUUAUAUGCUAAUGGAUUUAUUGAAUCUCAAGAUGUUGAUCAAUUACACUGUUCAUCUUGUAAUAUAUUUUUAGCUGAUAGAUAUGUUAAUGGAAUAUGUCCAUUGUGUACUUAUGAUGAUGCUAGAGGUGAUCAAUGUGAUGGUUGUGGAAAAUUAAUUAAUGCAAUUGAACUUAAAGAACCAAAAUGUUUACUUUGUAAAAAAACUCCUUCUUUAAAAAAAUCAAAACAUUUAUUUUUAUGCUUGGAUAAACUAACUACAGAUGUUUAUGAAAAUUUAGAAAAUAUAUUAAAAAAUGAAAAUAAUCAUUGGAGUAGUAAUGCUAUAUCAAUCGCUAAAUCAUGGUUGAAGACUGGUCUUGAAAAAAGAUGCAUUACAAGAGAUUUAAAAUGGGGAGUUAAAGUGCCAAUUGAAGGGUUUCAAGAUAAAGUUUUUUAUGUUUGGUUCGACGCUCCAAUAGGAUAUAUAUCAAUUACAAAACAACUUCUUGGAGAUGAUUAUGUUAAAUGGUGGAAAAAUUCAAAAGAUGUUGAAUUAUAUAACUUUUUAGGAAAAGAUAAUGUUGCUUUUCAUAGUAUUAUGUUUCCAGCAACAUUAUUUGGAACUAAAGACAAUUAUACUAUUGUGAAACAUAUAAAUGCAACUGAAUAUUUUAAUUAUGAGGAUCAAAAAUUUUCAAAAUCACGUGGAAUUGGUGUAUUUGGUGAUGCUGCUUCUGAAACAGGAAUUCCAGCUGAUGUAUGGAGAUUUUAUCUUCUAUAUAUGAGACCAGAAUCCUCAGACACAUACUUUUCAUGGGAUGAUUUUGCAAAUAAAAUUAACUCUGAACUUUUAAGUAAUUUGGGAAACUUUUGUAAUAGGUCACUUUCAUUUUUAAGUAAAAAUUACAAUGGUAUAAUUCCUAAUAUUAUUGUAAAUGAUGAAGAUAAAGAAUUAUUUAUUGGAAUUAAUAAAGAUUUGGAAGAAUAUCAUAAAUGUUUAACUGAAGUGAAACUCCGCGAUGGUCUUCUUAAAAUUCUUUCUAUUUCUAGAAAAGGAAAUCAGUAUCUCCAAAAUAACGCUCCAUGGAAAUUAAUUAAAGGAAACGAUGAAGAAAAACAUAGAGCAGAAACUGUUAUUGGAAUAUCAGCAAAUUUGGUUUAUCUUUUAUCAGUUGUACUCUAUCCAUACAUGCCAAAAGUAAGUGAAGAAAUAAGAAAACAAUGUAAUAAAGAUGAAUUAACAAUGCUUCCAAAAAAUAUAUGUUGUGUUUUGAAAUCUGGUCAUAAAAUUGGUACUCCUGCAACACUUUUUACAAAGUUAGAAAGCGAAGACAUAGCUUUAUUUAAAGCAAAAUUUGGAACAUCAUCUAAAACAGAGACAAAAGUUGAUAAAAAACCUGAUAAUAAAAAGGAUCAAAAAAAGAAACCACAAGAUAGUAAUAAAAAAAUGGAAACAAAAAUAAUUGAGUCAAACUUUUUUUAUCCAAAAGCACAAGCUAAUAUCAAAAAUAUUGAUAAUGUAAUGGCAUCUCUUAAAGAAUCAACUGAAAAAGCUAAAAGUUUAUUUGAAAAAGAGCAAUUAAUUAAAUUAUCUGAAGAUAAAAAAAAAUUGUCAGUAGAAAUUGAAAAGUUAUUGAAGCAAUUAAAAGAAGAAGAAAUUAAAGGUGGUAUUAAACAAAUAGAUGUUCCAAUUAAUGUAAAUGAAACUAUGAAUUUACUUGAGGAAAGUAAUAUAAAAAAGGAGGAAAUUGUUAUUGAAAAAAAAAAGAAAGAAUCUGUCUUAUUAAAAAAUGAAAAGAAAGAAAAGUCAACGAAAGGAAGUGAAAAAACAUCAAAUUUAUCUGAUGAUUCUGUUGAUAUUGGAAGAUUGGAUCUUAGAGUUGGAAAGAUUAUUGAAUGUAAAAGACAUCCAGAUGCUGAUGCUCUUUACUUGGAAACAAUUGAUUUAGGUGAAGAAAAACCUAGGACUGUUAUUUCAGGAUUGGUCAAAUUUGUCCCAAUUGAGGAGAUGCAAAACAGGCUUGUUAUUUGCCUUUGUAAUUUGAAACCGGCAAAGAUGCGUGGAAUCGAAUCACAGGCAAUGGUUAUGUGUGCUUCAACACCAGAAAAAGUUGAAAUUAUGGAAGUUGAUCCUUCUUGUACACCUGGUAUGCGAAUUACUUGUGGAAGUUUUGUUUCAAGACCUGAUUCUGUAUUGAAUCCUAAAAAAAAAGUAUGGGAACAAGUUGCUCCGGAUUUGAAAGUUAAUAAUGAAGGAAAAGCUACAUACAAAGGAGAAUUACUGCUAGUUAAUUCUCAAACCUUUGUAGUAGCUCCAACUCUUCGAGAUGUAAAUAUUAAAUAA